CGUAUCCGCCAUUUUUUCGCGAAGCACGAAUCGAAUUCUCAACAUCUGGCACUUUCUUCGCGCGGAUCACAACGCCAUGCGCAGCACGAGGCUGCACAGGGUAAGGGCCCAUCGCCAGGCAUGGUGCGUACUUCCAGAUGGUCACUCCUCGAGCUCAGCCAUCAUCGAUUUCCACUUCUCAGGAUCUAGCGUGGAGAUGAGUCCAGAGCCGUCUUGCCGACGGCAAGGCCGUAUCUUCUCAAGCGCUGCGGUGAAAGCGACGUAACUCCUGGCUCUCUUCUUGAUGAUGUAUGCGUCCGCUUCCGGCAUGUGCAAGUCCUGCUGAAGGGAACACAGGGUCACCAGAGUCAUGAGCUCGGUGUGCGCACCAUCGAACACAGGGCUCUUCUUCGGAAACCACCGCUCGAUGCCACGCAUGCACAGUAGAUGCAUGUUACGCGCCCUCAUGUCAUUUUGGCCAUCGACCAGGGGUCUCAGAAAGCGCGAGGCGAAUGGAUUCGAAGUGCCUGCUUCACUCAGCACUACCCUAGGCUUGAACAGCGGAUUCUGUGUGAUCAGCUCCUGUGUCGAAGCCAAGUCCUCGUCUGAAAAGCACGUCACUGCAAGCGGAACGUCCUCAUGGAGCAAGAACUGCAGCGUCGGCCACCACGGAUACGUACCAUCGUUGAAGCCACCAUGGAAGGCCAUGACAAAGUCAGGGGGGGAGUACAGCUUACUCUUAAGAAACUCGUCAUACGCGCCUCUGAAGCUGAAGCAGAUGGCUAUUCGUGGAUUUGGUCGUCGGAGCAGUGCUUGGAACCUCUGCGCGUCAGAAUCUGGGGUCGCAGACGCGCCGUUGAGUGGUCCAAUUGUCAUAAUCAUAAGCAUUGUCCCAGCGAGAAGUGAGUGCAUGAUCGACUGCAGCAAUUCCAUCAACUCGCCCUCGCAUGGAGCCUCUGCUCCAAUGAUGUGAACCACCAGUACGGCCUUGGAGCCUGGAAGCUCGAACUUGCGAAGCGCAUGAUGAAGCGUCAAAGGGUACGAGGCCACCUCUGUCGCAAGCUUAUGCACAAUCAAAUCUUCGGGGCUGAUGUCUUUUCCAGACAUGAUGUCUCUGAACUUCUGUGGGGUGAGAACCUUGCUGACGGGGUCCAUCUCCCAGCGAUGCGAGUUCGAUGUGACCAACGCAGCCCAAUCAUCAAUGCUACGAAUGCCUUUCGCCGAAGAAGAGAGGUCACACGCAAAAUGAGGAAACUCGAAACGUCGCCGACCAUCAAUCAAGAUGCGGUACCCCCCCCCUCCCACAACUGCCCUGCGUCGUCCGCACAACCAUACAACAAACGGCCAGCCGAAUGCAGGCCGUCGAAGACAUGCACAGCUUGCAAGUCUCGGCAAGAACGCGAAUGCUGCGAAGCAUCGUUGCGCUGACAAGCCGUGUCGCAAUAGAACACCAUGCUGCACGUCCCACACUUUAGAAACGACUUGUCCGGGCGGUCGUCCUGAAGUGCGUUGCAUGCGCAACAGAAUGUCAUCCCUCGAUGUGGGCAAGUAUCUCGCAGAAAACCUUGUGUUUCAGGGCAAGCAGCCAAACGAUUCUUGCGUUCUCCCACUUGCUCCUGCGAAUCUUUCCCCAAGCACUUCGAAGCGUCCAGGGCCACAUCGUAGGCCUGCGUGAUGCGCCCGAGCGCCUCCAAGGCAUCGAUCUUUCGCACCCAGCCUUUUUCCCAGGUCAUGUCCAGAGACACGCAGCGCUCGGCAUCCUCCAGCGCGCCACUGGCAUCACCCAAUCUAAGCCGUGCUGACGCGCGGUUUCCAUGCAAGACUUUGACCUGGUCUCCCCGCCCACUUGUUGAGAUGACGUCCAGCACCUUGGUCCACGUCCUCUCAGCGGCACGGUGGUCUUCCGCCCUCUGCGCAGCCACGGCCUGCCUGUUGAGCUUCAGCGACCAAUUCUCAGAUGUCUGUAUCCUCUUCAGAUUCGCAGGCUUGAUCUUGAUGCGCUCAUCUGUGGUGUCAGUUGGCGGCUCAGGUGCAGACGCCUCCAAUUCCACAACCCAACGGCCAUCGGCAAACCAAAGGAGCCUUCCAACACGCCCGUUGAGCUCUGGUCUUGCGGCGAGGCUGCGAAGCUCCACUCCAUCGCCUGGCACCAACACUGCGUCCAUAGCGAAGACGUGCUGCUGGAGACAAAGCGGGGCUUGAGCCAAACUUACUACGGAACGAAUCGAAUUCUCAACGUUGAGUUUUGUAUAUGCUCUUGAACGACCCCAGAUGCCCAAUUCAGGGAAUGCCUGAGCGCUCCCGGGCGCGAGGCGAGACUUGGGCGCCUCUACGACCGCGCGCCGCCAGACUCGCCAGCGCCAGUGGG